AAGUGACAGUGACAGAUUUGAGUCCACUUUGAGCACUGUUUGUUUAUAAUUAUAUUUUGUUUUAAUUUAUUUAUUAUUAAGUUGUGAACUGUAUAGCUUAUCGAUGAAUUUAUUAAAUAGCUUUUUCCACAGACCAUAUUUCUUCAAAAUGUAAUUUAUUACAAACGCUGUAUUGUGUUAUAUUUGCGGUGUACAACAUCCAGAAAUCAUGGAAGAAUUUAAAGCUGCAGAACCGAUGGAAAUACCAAUUGACGGUCCCAUCGUGUUUGUGGAUGUGGCCAAAGAAGCAGAACAAUAUUCUUUGAUAGAUGAUACAAAACCCUCAGUGGAAAAACAGGGAGAGAAGAGAGUGAAGAUUGAAGCCCAACCAGACCCGUAUCUGACGGUGAACCCUCGCCGCGUCCGAUGCACCGUGUGCCACCGAUACACAGCAGAGAAUGAGGAGAAGAUGCUCAGGCACGUCCGGAAGGUUCAUAGGGGCGAGAAUCCUUUCCAGUGCUAUAUGUGCGACUAUACCACGUAUAAUAAGAGUCUGUUUGAGGAGCAUGUGAGGAUUCAUCAGGGUAUAAAACCAUUUAAAUGCUCCCACUGCCCGUACAGAAGCGUCUCUAAGAAGAACACAAAAAAACACGAGCUCAUCCACCGGCCCAACAACCCGCUCAAAUGCCCCGACUGCCCAUUCAUAGCUCGAAACCCAAGAGUUCUGAACAGCCAUAGAAAAAAAACUCACACAGCAAACUCAGAAGACUCGAAGAACUACAAAUGCACGAAAUGCGAACAAAAAUUCGAAGAUUACAGUACAUUUGUGAACCAUAGAAAGAGCAGGAAGCGAUGCAAAAUUUGCACGCAGUUGUUCUGCCAACAUUUAUUAAGGAAACACGAGGCGACAGAACACGGAAUAGAGAGGAAAAAGUCUGAGAAAACUAAAAGGGGUAACUUCACGUGUCAGAUUUGCAAAUGGGCUUCUAGUAGUAAACCGAGGAUUCUGUUGCAUUUGAUACACCAUCCUAAUCAGGAUUUGGGGGAUUGUGAUGUGGAUGUUACUGUUUUACGUCAGUGUGGUAUUUUACCGGCCGCGUAGGGUAGAUCCGGUUAAAGACCGAGGUAAACUACCAUUAAGGCAGGCAGGGAGGAGCAGCUGCCCCUUAGACAUUCUAAAAAUGUUGCCAAAUGUAAAGCAACCAAAGUCCCAAGUCUUUGACUUGCUGGAUUGAUCAUUCCCGUACGUCGAGACUCGAAUGAAUUCACCAAUUCCAUUCCUAAUAUUCCGUACGCUCAAUUACGCUCUGCUCUAUGUUAUUGUUAAAGCGGAAGAGGAGUAGGGGAGGACCAUGUGCUCUCGACUUUACCUACAAUUAAUACUUUUCUCAUUCUCCAUAUCAACUUGCUCCCCCUAGGCCAUCGGCUAGCGACACUCAUGCCAACAAAAACAUUUAAUUGUUGAAAUCAAAAAUUCUCAAAAAUUCAGAAAAAUAUUCAUAACUCAAAAACUAUGAAAAAUCGCGGAACAUAUAUGGGGGUGAUUCGGGUACCCCAAGGGUGCUCUAUUUCUUGACCUCCGCUUGACUAUUUUUUGGGACACCCUGUAUACACAGGAAGGUGUAACUAGUAACUGCAUUAUUGGGGUAUUACUAAGUCGCCUGUCUGACUGGAACAGCUGAACAAAUGCUCCAGAAUAUCGUAGAAGUGUUAUAAAAUGCGUGCCACUGCUGAUCCUGGCUUACAGGAGUUUAGUGGUGGGCGUGAGGGCGGGAAACUCUUCGUGAUCUAUCAGAAGCUUUCAAGGAUUGCAAGGCCUACACUAGAUGACAUUGAAGGCCGAAGCCCGGCUAUCAAAAUUGGGCCCAGAAUUGUAGUAGACUGGAUGGCUAAUAGUAAAAUAAUCACUGUAAAUAAUUGUUAAAUGCUCAUUUUACAGUAAACAUUAUAUUAGCAUAAAUAAUUACAGAAAUUUUAGACAUUUUUUGACAACGUGCAACCAGAGAGAAUAAUAGAAUAGCCGCCGCGUGGCAUAUCUUCUCUUCUGCCAGCCGAGCAGCCGAAUAGUUCCGGAAACACUCGAUUUCAUCGGCUAGGAUAGCGUCGCGUAACAUAAUGAUGGAAUAUAUAUUAUUUAAAAAGUAAAA